UCGGUACUCCGAGGUCAAACAAACAGUUGUCAGUCGCAGUAAUCUAGGAAACAUGGCCGUCUGCAAGAAAUGGACUCUCGCCAAGGCAUUCUCCGGUCCCCCGGAUGCCUCCAACUUUAAGCUCGAAACCGAGGAGUUGCCCAAGCAACUAAAAGAGGGAGAAGUCCUCUGUGAAGCGGUUUUCCUGAGUGUCGAUCCCUAUAUGAGAUUAUUUCCUGUAGAUGUCGGCUCUGUUAUGUUUGGUGAACAAAUAGCCAGAGUGACCAAGAGUGAGAACCCGAAUUACCCCGUGGGGACGUUCGUCCAGAUCAUGGUCGGCUGGAGGACCCAUACCGUCCUCUCUGACCCCACCAAACUCAACAAGGUCAUGGACAUGGGGGAUCUGUCCAAAUCACUGGCGCUCGGACCUCUUGGAAUGCCAGGCAUGACGGCAUAUUUCGGUUUCUUGGAUGCUUGUCACCCCAAGCCUGGUGAGAUUGUCUACGUUAAUGGAGCCGCGGGAGCGGUGGGCAAUCUUGUAGGACAGAUCGCUAAGAUCAAGGGUUGUACGGUCAUCGGCAGUGCCGGAAGUGAGGAAAAGUGUAAGUGGUUGAAAGAAGAGCUUGGAUUUGACGCAGUGUUCAAUUACAAGAAGACACCGCUAGAGGACGCACUGAAGGAACACGCCCCGAAAGGAAUUGACUGCUUCUUUGAUAACGUCGGAGGGAAUGACACAACUACCGUCCUGAAGCACAUGAACAAAUGCGGAAGAGCCGCCAUUUGUGGCGCCAUUUCACAAUAUAAUAGGGAGGAGAAAGACAAAGAUAAAGGUGAGCUUCCAUACUCCGCCAUUUUGAUGAACAUGUUGCACGUGGAGGGAAUACAGGGCUGGCAUCACGUGGCCAAAUGGCCAGAGGCACUCAAACAGAUUCUUCAAUGGAUUAAGGAGGGCAAGGUAAAGUAUAAGGAGUCAGUAACAGAGGGAUUCGAAAACACCGUCCCGGCAUUCAUUGGACUUUUUUCUGGUCAAAAUAUUGGUAAAGCUCUGAUCAAAAUAUAAAGUGUCUCUAGAGCGUGGA